CUUAUGGUUUUCUGAGCAACUACCGGUAAGCUGGUUUCUUUGGAAGCAGCUGACACACAUAGUUGUUGAGUCUGCCUCAUGGUUUCUGCGGUUAUGGGGCCUCUGAUUAGGUUUUUGUUGUUCUCCUUGCUUACCACAAGGCUACAAAAUGUGGAUGCUUAUGAUGGUCCUGAUCAAAGUCAGAAACCAGAUGGAGUGCUGGUUUCUCAUCAACCAGCUGUCUACCCAGCCUGGCUGCUUAAUGAGCAAGUAAAUGCUCCUCAACAGGAGUCUAAUGCACAAUUGCCUCAGGCCCCCAACCAACAGCAACAGGUGUACCACCCCCAUAUGCCUCAGGUCCCCAUGCAGCAGCAACUGGUGUAUCAGCUUCCCAUGAAGCAGCCUCAGAAGCAGGUGUCCUAUCCUCAGGUGUCUCAGGAUGCCAUGCUGCAGCAAGUAUACCAUCCCCAGGUCCCUGUGAAGCAGCCCCAGCAGCAGCAAGUGUACCAGCCUCAGGUCCCUGUGAAGCAGCCCCACCAGCAGCAAGUGUACCAGCCUCAGGUCCCUGUGCAGCAGCAGCCCCACCAGCAGCAAGUGUACCAGCCUCAGGUCCCUGUGCAGCAGCAGCAAGUGUACCAGCCUCAGGUCCCUGUGCAGCAGCAGCAAGUGUACCAGCCUCAGGUCCCUGUGCAGCAGCAGCAGCAAGUGUACCCGCCUCAGGUCCCUGUGCAGCAGCCCCAGCAGCAGCAAGUGUACCCGCCUCAGGUCCCUGUGAAGCAGCCCCAGCAGCAGCAAGUGUACCAGCCUCAGGUCCCUGUGAAGCAGCCCCAGCAGCAGCAAGUGUACCAGCCUCAGGUCCCUGUGAAGCAGCCCCAGCAGCAGCAAGUGUACCAGCCUCAGGUCCCUGUGAAGCAGCACCAGCAAGUGUACCAGCCUCAGGUCCCUGUGAAGCAGCACCAGCAAGUGUACCAGCCUCAGGUCCCUGUGAAGCAGCACCAGCAAGUGUACCAGCCUCAGGUCCCUGUGAAGCAGCCGCAGCAAGUGUACCAGCCUCAGGUCCCUGUGAAGCAGCCCCAGCAAGUGUACCAGCCUCAGGUCCCUGUGAAGCAGCCCCAGCAGCAGCAGCAAGUGUACCAGCCUCAGGUGCCUGUGAAGCAGCCCCAGCAGCAGCAGCAAGUGUACCAGCCUCAGGUCCCUGUGAAGCAGCCCCAGCACCAGCAAGUGUACCAGCCUCAGGUCCCUGUGAAGCAGCCGCAGCAAGUGUACCAGCCUCAGGUCCCUGUGAAGCAGCCGCAGCAAGUGUACCAGCCUCAGGUCCCUGUGAAGCAGCCCCAGCAGCAGCAGCAAGUGUACCAGCCUCAGGUCCCUGUGAAGCAGCCCCAGCAGCAGCAGCAAGUGUACCAGCCUCAGGUCCCUGUGAGGCAGCCCCAGCAGCAGCAAGUGUACCAGCCUCAGGUCCCUGUGAGGCAGCCCCAGCAGCAGCAAGUGUACCAGCCUCAGGUCCCUGUGAAGCAGCCCCAGCAGCAAGUGUACCAGCCUCAGGUCCCUGUGAAGCAGCCCCAGCAGCAGCAAGUGUACCAGCCUCAGGUCCCUGUGAAGCAGCCCCAGCAGCAACAAGUGUACCAGCCUCAGGUGCCUGUGAAGCAGCCUGAGCAGCAAGUGUACCAGCCUCAGGUGCCUGUGAAGCAGCCGCAGCAGCAAGUGUACAAGCCUCAGGUGCCUGUGAAGCAGCCACAGCAGCAGCAGCAAGUGUACCAGCCUCAGGUGCCUGUGAAGCAGCCCCAGCAGCAGCAAGUGUACCAGCCCCAGGUGCCUGUGAAGCAGCCCCAGCAGCAGCAAGUGUACCAGCCCCAGGUGCCUGUGAAGCAGCCCCAGCAGCAGCAAGUGUACCAGCCUCAGGUGCCUGUGAAGCAGCAGCAAGUGUACCAGCCUCAGGUGCCUGUGAAGCAGCCCCAGCAGCAGCAAGUGUACCAGCCCCAGGUGCCUGUGAAGCAGCCCCAGCAGCAGCAAGUGUACCAGCCCCAGGUGCCUGUGAAGCAGCCCCAGCAGCAGCAAGUGUACCAGCCCCAGCCCCAGGUGCCUGUGAAGCAGCAGCAAGUGUACCAGCCUCAGCCCCAGGUGCCUGUGAAGCAGCAGCAAGUGUACCAGCCUCAGCCUCAGGUGCCUGUGCAGCAGCCCCAGCAGCAGCAAGUGUACCAGCCUCAGCCUCAGGUGCCUGUGAAGCAGCCCCAGCAGCAGCAAGUGUACCAGCCCCAGGUGCCUGUGAAGCAGCCCCAGCAGCAGCAAGUGUACCAGCCCCAGCCUCAGGUGCCUGUGAAGCAGCCCCAGCAGCACCAAACCCAGGGUCCAGUGAAGCAGCAACAGAUGCCACAGCAAUCUGAUUUGAAGAAGCCAAGCUACCAUGCAAAGCGUCUCGGCCAUCAAAUAUAUCCACCCAGCAAACCUCAGUACCUGCAGCACUUUAAAGCACGGAAGUCUCAUCAAACUAAGGUGCCAAAGCAGUGAAUAUGUAAACCAUCCAAAAUAAAGUCUCUGAAAUUA